AUGAGUUCUCAGUCUUUUCUUACAUCGAGCGGUGGCAAAAUUCGUGUCCAACCCUUAGGACGUCGCCGUCCAAGGGUCCGCCUAAGUAAGGAAGCGCGAGCUAUACUUACUGCUUCGCGUCGCGAAAAAUCACACCGUUUCAAGACUGCCAUCCACAAUGUUUGGACCGACCUCGACGAAUCUGUUAAGGCGAUCGCGACCUCAAACCACAAGAGUAUCCGUCGGGUACAACACGAGUUGUACAUGGGUCAAAGCCUUUUGCGGCACAAGCGCGUGAAAUUGAGUGCUUGGAACGCCUUUUGCUGGAAAAAGAAUCAGAGUGUUGACAAGGAAAACGGGCCCUCCGGCAAGGCACUACUACCAGAGCUUAUCAACGAGCAUCGUGUGGAGUACCACGCUCUCUCCAAGGAAGAAAAAGACUCCAUUCUCAAGGAGUACGAGGAACACAGGACUACAAAGACCAAUGGAGUUCGUAUCUCCACGAAGUCCAAGGUCAACGACGUUACUCAAACCCUCAAGGCCAUUGAAAAUGAGUUAAAUAGCUUAAGGUGCCGGACGGGCGCGGAGACGAUACUGUAUACGACACGCGGCACAACUGAUCUCCCCCUUCGUGGAAUUGCCUUUGCAACGGAGGGUGUCGAUAAUUUCAUAGAGUCUGUGAUGGCUGUUGAUAAUCAAGAGUUCGUCACCAAGAUGGAAGGCUUCGCACUUCGUGGCAUACGCGGUGCCGCUAAAAACCAUCAACAACGCUGUUGUGAUCUUCGCGGUGAGAUCCGUCAGUUAAUCAACGAUAAACUUCAGCAAAUUACGAAGAACCCAAAGGCAACAAUGCAGUGGGUACAUUAUUGGCGCAAUGUUGUUUCACGCUAUCAGGUCAUAGUUGAGGGAUGGCCUGACGAGGUCCCAUUCGACAACCUUAGCAAGGCGGCCAGUGGAAUCACCGUGCUGGAGAACCUUAAAGAGAGAUGGAGGUCUGGAGAAACUGCCUGGCGACAGCUAGACAACGAGGAGUUCCAGGAGCUCGAUGAAGAGCGAAACAGCAAGCUUGGCAGUGGUGAGGUUGUCGAACACCGCCGCCGGCCUCGCUCGGAUAAGGGUAAGAAACGGCGCCGCGCUAUUUCUCCCAAUGAGAACGUGACCACAAGGCCCCGCAAGAAGGCAUACACAAGUCCUGCUACUGUCGAGGAUGAGGACGACGUGGAUAGUACUCCUGUCUCCUCUCACAACAACUCGACACUCGACACUGCACCUCUCAAUGACAUACCUGUCCCACAGGCUGGACAACCUGAUCCAUUUCACCCUUCGGCGUCAACGAGCGCCAAUGGGCUAUAUUUGCCUUCGGCCUCCAGUAGUACAGGUUUCGUUGACACCCUGUUUCCUGAUUUUGAUUACGAACAAGCUAUCGCGAGCUUGAAUCAGCUUUUGGGUGGGCCUGCUUAA